UCAAUUAUUUUCAGUGCAAUAUUUUUGUCAAGUCCGGACACUACAUUUGACUCGCCAGAGAGAAUGGUUUUUAGCAUGUUUUCGGAUGUUAUCCCGAAAACAACAAGGACAUUCAUUUAUGUACUGAUUUCCUGUAUGGUGUCUUUGAUAUUAUAUGGGUUACUUAUAAAGUUCAUAAGAAUGAAAACUAAAACAGUGUCAAAAUCCUUGCGGCGGGAACUGAGACUUACAUGCCAAGUAUGCUUAUCAUUUGCUGCUCAACUUAUAUUAUUGGUCUACCUUUCAUUUGCAUAUUAUGUGGGUGAAAUUGGCGAUGUUGCUUAUAUAGUUUUAACUACAAAAUAUUUUCCGCUUGCAUAUGGAACUAUCUUCUUCAUCGGGCCAUUAGCAAUUUUAAUUUUUAACAAAGAUGUCUCGAAAAGAGUUUGGCAAAUGAUAUUUGCUGAUAAAUCCGUGAGUUGA